UAAAGAAAACCCCUCGCCUGAUAAGGCAAGUCUAGAAGGUUCAAUGUUUCUUUACCUUUCUAACUAACCUUUCUCUUUCCUUCUCAGUAAAAUUAAUCACAAACUCUACCGUAUGUAUCCCAGUCUCGUCGGCCACAGAGUUACCAGAAGGCGCCUAGGCAACCUGCAGAAUAGAGUAAUUCAUUGUUUCUUUGCUGCAAGGAACAUAUUGCCGGUGACAAACUCUAAUGAAAUUGGUCAAAUCAGGUGUUUACCGUGGGGCCCUUUCUCUCUUUUCCCUCUUUCCCACAGUCACCAGGACGGCAAAAACGGCCAUUGGUCUCUCUGGUUUGGGUUUCCCCGUGCGGUAGGUAUUCUUACUGACCCCUGGCCCCUGGUCUGCUGGUCCCGCAUGUCACCUCGCACGAUGUCAUGCCAGCCCGGCACUCAGGUCGUAGAACCGGCCGGCCAUCAACUCGCUCUUUUCGGGUGCUUUUUUGCUACUACCAAGACGGCGACGCGUCAGGUUUGUCGGGCCUUAGCAACUUAUUCCAUCUCUGUGCGGAUAGAGAAUCUCCGAGAGGCCACCGGGGGCAAAGCAGGACUGAUGGGAAGGAAAAGUGCCGACGCAACAGGGCAGAUGAUGGGCAAGUCGAGGCAACUCGAUUCAAUCCGAUGGUUGUCUCAGCACAGCCAGCCGGCUCAGCGCGUUCUCGGUUGGGCUCAAGCCACCUGCCAUCCAAUCAAAACGCACAGAUGCCCGUAUUUCGUCCGUCUCGUAGUCGUCUUUCGGCUGUCACACUUUUCAUGAGGCUGGACGCUAAGCCAAGGUCGACGGGCAAUCGAGAGUCAGGACACGAGCUAGAGAGUUGAAGCGUGAGUUGGUUAGACGGGCGG